AUGGAGGCAUUGAGAACCAAAGCCAAGUCUGCUUUCGCAGCAACACAGCAAUUCAACGAAACUCACCACACGGUCUCGAGACUCCAGCUGACACGGAGCGAUGGUGGCGAGGUGAAGUUGGAUGCAACGGACCUCGUCUGUCCCGCAACGGCACAUUAUCAUCCCGCCAAUCUCAGACUUGGUAUCCACUCAGACACCUUCAGCAGGAUGAUUCAAGAAUUCCACAUCGAGCCGCACGUACUUUACCUCAUCGCUCACAACAUCGACGGCUUCUUCAGUUUCUCGGACAAGAAUGGUACACCAUCUCAGUGCGACGAUAGCUGCAUCAGCUAUUUCCUCCACGUCCGAGACCGCUACAUGUUGACAUGGUCAUACUCCCCUCAAAGCGCCAAGACCUGCGCAAUCCUGAUCGCUCGGCCGAGGAGCCCGGGAAGUAGCAAGACCACUGCGUUCGCUGAGCAGAUCCGGAAGGAGAUAAUCACGUACACAAAACUCCUCGGCCACCCCUUGGCCCUCGCCGUCAUCUGCUGCUCCUGGAUCAUGGACGAGAUCAGCCUCGAAAUCACACCAGAGCUCGCCGCAAUUGCCGACACGGAAUCCAAGACGGGGUUCAACCCGUUCGAGGGAGGGAGCGUUGCCUCAAGCAAGUUCUUCGGUGACAAGAGGCGAGAAUCCGAUGAUCUGGGAGUUCUUUCCGGCCUGAUGAGCUCGACCAGCGUUGUGCUCGCGCUGCACAAGAAGAAUUGCGACUUCUCAUGGGAUCUGCUACAGAGGAUGCAGCGGGAUGAGCUAUUGAGUCCAGGUUGGAGGGCGCUAAUCCUAGAGGGUGGAUGGGACGAAUACGAACGCCUCUCGCACGCUGUCUCGGAGGUGUCGAGCGUCUUGUUGGCGCAAUGCGACGCAGCGGCUCCAUAUAUCGCGCUACUCAGAGAGCGCGCCAACGUGCAGCACUCCGUGAUCAGCAACCUCAUAGCCAAGCAAGAAUACCUCGCCACCAUCGAACUGGCCAAAGAAUCCCGCAGCAUCGCCCUCGCAACCAAGAACGACAGCUCCUCCAUGAAAGCCAUCGCAUUCGCCACGCUGACCUUCCUUCCCGCGACCUUCUUCGCCGCCGUGUUUGCCCUGCCUCUGCUCGACUGGGAUGGCGAGGGCGGAGGCCCUGUGAUUCGGGACAAGUUCUGGGUAUACCUCGCCUUUUCGAUCCCGUGCACAUUGGGGGUGAUGGGUGCAUGGCUUGGGUUCGCGAGAUAUCAGGCGGGGAAGCAGAGGGCGGUAGAACGAAGAGAGAGACGCAGGGUGGCGACGAACCUCAGCGGUAGCGGCGGCGGCGGCGGCAGCGGUGGUGUUGGUGGUGGGGACGGAGAGAAAAUGGAGCGAGAACCCACGACACAAAGCGGCGGGAAGUGGAACUCCGUAAGCAGGUGGCUUGCUGGGGAAGAGGAAGACGAUGCGAGCCGGUCCGAGUCGGGCACCUCCAUGUCUUCCGUGAUUGUGGCGCCGAAUGUGCGGCGCCGCAGGUUGGCGAGGGCAAUCGGGAUUCAAGCCUUUCUUGCACGGCGCGGGAGUGAUACUGGCUCGCUGCCGACAGUGUCAUCGACGAGAUUUCGUAGCCACAGCGACGGCUCGGACCCACCAGAGGCGGUUGGGCUAUGGUCACGGCUGAUGGAGCGGCUGAGGGGUGUUCUUGUUGGAGAGGAGUUGUCCGAAUCCGAGUCAGAGUCCUCAAGUGGCAGUGAUCUGGCAUAG